UUAGAGAGUGUUAUAUAGAAUAUUUUGUUAGUAUUUCUCUUAUUUGUAGUUUUCUUCUGAUAUGUAUGGCUGAAACUGAAUUGUGAUUUUGAGUUGUUGCAGGUAUCAGAGAGAAGAAGCAAAAAUACAAGCUUCGGUAAACCUCCAAAAUGCUAAAGCAGAGUCCAGGCCAAGAAAGCUUGAGGGAAUGCCUGGAGUAAUUGGAGCAGUGAUGUGGGAUAAUGGAGUUGCACUGGGAAAGUUUCCAGAGCAUGUUGUUGACUCAGGGAUGUUUGUCCUUCAGGGAAAGAAGAUUGUUGAAUUGGGUUCUGGUUGUGAAUUGGUUGGCCCUUUUGGGUAGUGAGGUCAUUGUUACUUAUCUGCCAGAUAGGCUGAGGCUAUUGAGAAAGAACAUUGAGAUCAAUAUGGAACAUGUUUCUCUACGGGGUUCUGUAACAGCAACUGAACUCACGUGGGGAGAUGAUCUAGACCCAAAACUCAUUGACCCCACACCCGAUUUUGGUAAUAUUCUCUCCCUCAACUCCUUCAAGUGACAAGGAGCAAACAACAUUCAAUUAUUGGCAUAAGAAAAUUUUGACGUUUUGCUGUGAACUAUGAUUAUUGUAAUCAUUCUAAUCAUAGCUUUGUAGUUAAUUGUAUCUUUUUCUUCCUUUGACUUGCAUGCCUUGUCAAAUAUUUGAAUUACCUGCAUCUCAUAUAAUAUUUUGCUAGUAUUCCUUAUUGAUUCAAUACUUGACUUCUUGUUUUUAGUGAUAAGAUCUAAUGUAGUGUACACUGAGGGGGAAGUUGUGAAUCUACUAGAGACACUUAUGCAGCUCUCUAGACCUAAUACAACAAUAUUUUUGGCUAGAGAACUCCGAAAUGGUAAAGAAUACCAUUCCUUUCUCU